CUGUCAUUAAAUCGUCUGCCCCUUUUAAGCCAGCAUUUUUAAGGAGGAAGAUCUCCUCAAACAAAAUAUCCACUAUCAGCUGCACGUUCAGCCAGAAGAGAACCGAUUUAUUCCCUCACAGAACAGGAAGGUGAAGUGACCUGACAGCAAGAUGGCAGCAAAGGGAGCUGGCAUGGCAAACAAAGGCCCAUCCUACGGCAUGAGCCGACAGGUUCAGGAUAAGAUCGAGAGCAAGUAUGACCAGGAAUUGGAGCAGAUUCUGGUGGAGUGGAUCAGCCGCCAGUGUGGCUCUGGCGUUGGAAGGCCAGAGUCAGGCAAAACUGGAUUCCAGGCCUGGCUGAAAGACGGAUGUGUCCUGAGUGAACUAAUAAACAGUCUUUUUACUGGAGACAAACCUGUGAAGAAGAUCCAGACCUCAACCAUGGCCUUCAAACAGAUGGAGCAGAUCUCUCAGUUCCUCAGUGCUGCUGAGAAAUAUGGUGUCACAAAGACUGACAUGUUCCAAACUGUGGACCUCUGGGAAGGUAAGGAUCUGGCAGCAGUGCAGAGGACCCUGUCAGCUCUUGGCAGCUUGGCCGUCACCAAGGAUGAGGGCACGUACCAGGGUGAUCCAAACUGGUUUUUCAAGAAAGCACAGGAGAACAAGCGAGAAUUUUCAGAUGAUCAGAUGAAGGCGGGCAAAAAUGUGAUUGGACUCCAGAUGGGGUCAAACAAGGGAGCCAGUCAAGAAGGGAUGAGCUAUGGAAGACCGAGACAAAUCCUGUAAAAAUCCCCGAGACACAGAAAUUACACGUCUGUUGCCCAUUACAUCAUCAUAAGGCCUGUAAACACUGACCUUGGUAAAAAGGUUCUCUGGGAAUUCUUUUUAAUUUAGAAAUCGCUUGUUUCAUAGAAUACCUACUCUCUAAUGAAUGGCCCCAAGUCUCAACUUUUAACACAAAAACACUCCAUUGACUUUCACAGAGCCUCGCCUGCACUGUUGUCACUCCCAUUCAAUUAAUGAAGACUUGUAUGCAUAAUACAAAAUUGAAGCAUUGCUUAGGAGAGGGGGGAGGGGGGGAAUCAGGUUAUGUGAUAAGCCAACUUGUUGGUUUGAUCGCAAGAAGUAACACAUUACCUUCAACACUAUUAGAGCAAUAAAUAUCAGCAAAGGGAAUUGACCAUUUUACAAAAAAAAAAAAAGUUUCCAUACCUCCAGCUAUCUAUGCCUGCUGUAUCAGCACUGAUGUUUUGUACAUUUUCAUAUUAAAAGACUUGGAACUACA